ACCACCAUGGACACCACUGUGAGGAGGGCAUCCUCUGCUGUUAAUAGAACAAGCAUUCUACCUGACCCAGGACACGUCACAGAAGGCGUCACCGCCUCCUCGACAACUCUAUCAUCACCACAGAACGGAAUCGCCAUAAAUCCUACAGCUAAUGCUCCCCAAAGCGAAACGGAAAAAAUAGAGAUCAAUCUGCCUCCGUUGCAAAAUCGCGAGAAGAAUAUUUGGAUCGUUGUUCGCGCAUUCACUCCAGCGUAA